AUGCUAUCUUCAGUUAGAAACCCCGCAUUAGCCAAGGUCAAGACUAGCUUGCUGCGGACGCUGUCCACCACUGGGGCCGUCCGGGCCGAGGCGGUAGAGAGUGCGGGCGCGGACGAGGAGGUGGAGAUCCGGUUGCCGGAGACGUCUUUCGAGGGCUACAUGCUCGACGUGCCAGAGCUGACCUACAAGGUGACGAAGGGUAACCUGCUACAAAUGUACAAGGACAUGAUUGUGGUGCGGAGAAUGGAGAUGGCAUGUGAUGCGCUGUACAAGGCUAAGAAGAUCCGCGGGUUCUGCCACUUGUCUGUGGGCCAGGAGGCGAUUGCGGUGGGUAUUGAGAACGCGAUCACGAAGCGUGACACGGUGAUCACUUCUUACAGAUGCCACGGCUUCACUUACAUGCGUGGUGCGUCUGUCCGCGCAGUGCUUGCGGAGCUAAUGGGCAGACGGACGGGUGUGUCUUACGGUAAGGGUGGUUCCAUGCACAUGUACACAGACGGCUUCUUCGGGGGUAACGGUAUUGUUGGCGCACAGGUGCCACUUGGCGCCGGGUUGGCGUUUGCCCACCAGUACAAGAACGAGGAUGUUUGUGCAUUUGCGCUCUACGGUGAUGGUGCGUCCAACCAGGGCCAAGUUUUCGAAGCGUUCAACAUGGCUAAGUUGUGGAACCUACCUGCAGUCUUCGCAUGUGAAAACAACAAAUACGGUAUGGGUACCGCUGCUUCCCGGUCUUCCGCGAUGACUGAGUACUUCAAGCGUGGUCAGUAUAUCCCAGGUUUGAAGGUCAACGGUAUGGACAUCCUAGCUGUCUACCAAGCCUCCAAGUUUGCUAAGCACUGGUGUGUGUCCGGCAAGGGCCCUAUCGUCCUUGAGUACGAGACUUACAGAUAUGGUGGUCACUCCAUGUCUGACCCAGGUACCACUUACCGUACGAGAGACGAGAUCCAGCACAUGAGAUCCAAGAACGACCCUAUUGCGGGCCUAAAGAUGCAGUUGUUGGAUCUAGGCAUUGCCAGCGAGGAGGAAAUCAAGGCCUACGAUAAGGCUGCCAGAAAAUACGUUGACGAGCAGGUCGAGCUAGCAGACGCGGCCCCAGCUCCUGAAGCCAAGAUGUCUAUCUUGUUCGAGGACGUCUACGUUCCAGGUACUGAAACCCCAACUUUGAGAGGUAGAAUCAACGACGACACCUGGGACUUCGCUAAGAAGGGCUUUGCUUUCAGAGAUUAG